UAUAUAUACACCGCAAAGCCCUGUUCCUUCAGCCACCAUCUCCACUGCCUCUUCCUCAACACACCACCUGCAAAACAGCCAAGAGUCACCUGAGCACGGUCAAUCUCCAUCCAUUAAUUUUGCGAGAAUGAUUAAGCUGAGGUGCCCCAAGAGGCUGUUCAGGAGGAGCAGCUCCUCCAAGAGCAGCAGCAGCAGCAGUGGCAGCAGCGACGGCGGCGGCGAUGUUGUCCGAAGCGGCAGCGGGGAGAUCGAGUGGGAGGUCCGGCCCGGGGGGAUGCUGGUGCAGAGAAGGGACGGGAGAGGGGAGGAGAUGAUCACCGUGAGGGUGGCCACCACUGGCUUCUCCUGGCAUGAGGUGUCCAUUGGAGCUACCUGCACUUUUGGAGAGCUGAAGGUGAUAGUGUCCAUGGUGACAGGGCUGGAGCCCAGGGAGCAGAGGUUGCUGUUCAGGGGCAAGGAGAGGGAGGACAGCGACCACCUCCACAUGGUUGGGGUGAGGGACAAGGACAAGGUGCUGCUCCUUGAGGACCCUGCACUGAAGGACAUGAAGCUCCGGGCCUCGCUCGCGGCCCAGGCCGUGCAGAGCCCGUAUCAGAGUUUUAUCCAGGUGUAGGCUGGCCCGGCCCGUCUUGCCUCGCCUGCCGUGCUAACUGUUAGAGUAAAUCAAAUCACACCAUCAGCCUGUUAGGUGUGAAAAAUCCCUCCUGAUUGGUGAUCAACUGUUGCUGAUCAGUGCUAAGUACCACUCCAUGGAAUGGAAGAGCAAAGGGCCUCCUCGUGUGAGAGUUAGAGUACUACCCAACUCCUAUUUAACUGUCUGAUGAUCGUGCAAUUUGUAGCUAGUUGAAAGUUUAAGUUUCCUUAGAUGAUGGAAGGGCUAACCUUCCGGAGUUGCAAGUUUAAGUGUGUCUGUCAUGCAUGUUACUAGUAGAGUUAGAUUGGAGAAUGUAACCUUAGAUGGUGCCUGCGGCAUAGUGUUUGCUUUACACUGCUACAGGUUCUUCUGUUGUGGAAUCAGAUGUAUCAAUGUAUCACGAGUCUGCAUUUUUGUUGUCCUUUUUCCAUGAAGAUCUUUGUUCUUGAA